UUUUUGACUGGUGAAAAAUCGUAGUAGAAAGAUAUUUUUCAAGUGAAUAAUAUGGAUGACAGUUUUGUUAUCUUUUUUGUGGAGACCGCGUGAAGGCGUUUCCUGGUAUAGGGCGCCUGCUCUGCGGGUAGGAUGCGGCGGCAUGCACCGCAUCUUGCUGCUAAUGGCGGUACUCACCAGGGCCAUCGCACCACCAACUAGUGCCACUGAAUCCGACACGGAUCCAACAACUCCAUCAAAAGCAACUAUGACCCCUCCGAUUAUAUUCCGGAGUGGCGUGAGACUACCCACGUCGAAACCCAGGCGUCAGCAAAUGAAGCAAGGGAAAGGAGACUCGCCCAUGCUGAACUACAUCUUCGACUCAUAUGCGACUAAUAAUAAGCACUUCCAUGACAAAUUCCGAGCCCCGUCAUUCGAAGGAGACGUGACGUCAGACGACACGCUAGAUGCCGAUACUGGUGCGACUGUCGUGUUCGAUUGUCGUGUUACCGCUUUGAGAGACAAAAGGGUUUCGUGGCUGCGAGUUUCCGAUGAUGAGAACUUGGAGCUGCUUACACUAGACUUAGACACGCAUACUGCAGAUCCAAGGUACAGAGUGGAUCUGGCUGGAGACAACUGGAAGCUGGCUCUCUCGGACGCGAAAGUGCAAGACUCCGGCAUAUACUGCUGUCACGUGUCAACACACCCGCCGAUGUUGAGGCGGGUGCGCUUGACUGUACAUCCACCGGAAAUAACCAUGAGCAAAGAGACCUUCCUAGAGACAGGAGAGACGCUCUCCCUCAAAUGCGCCGUAUUGCAUCUCCACUCUCACGAUGCAGCCCCGACGCUGAACUGGUACAGAGGCAACAGUACAGUCCCCCUCGAUGAAAUCAGGGGAGGAGUGUUGGUUGAGACCGACCAUCUGACUAUGACUAGUCAUUUACAGGUGGCAAGGUUGAAAGUCGACGACGCUGGCAACUACACCUGCUCGCUACAUUCGCCCCUUCGCAUGAAAGCUAUUGCUAGAGUACAUGUUCUACAAGGUUCCAGCUUGGCCGAGCUACAAAGCGGCGUGAAGACUAAAUCGAGCUACACGAGCCUAUUAUUAUCGAUGCUGCUUGUGCUUGUCAUGCGCUACGAAGACAGGUGACCUACUUAGACGGCUUAGGUACGCUAGUGAUUGGUUCUACGUGUUAUCGAAUCGGCUGCGUUCUUACUAAGUUGUAGCGACAUGUAACAAGUAACAGAACAUCGGCAGAGCCUAACGACACAUGCCUACUGAAGCUACUGGCCCCGUAGCCGAAUGGCAUUUCUCCGACGCGAAACGAAACCGAAACACCGCGAAAGACAGUCUGGCUCUGUCACGCCAAUCCUCAAGAGCGAUAGAGAUAGACAUCUACGAGCGUUUCGUUACGUGAGCGUUUGUGCCAUUCGACUACGUACCCUGGUUGGAUCCCAAACCAGCCUAGCGUAUCGUAGUGAAGCGACAGAGCCAGACUGCGAUUCGAUCGCCAAGUAGUGCCAACGAUUGUCAUUUUAGCUAGGCCGGCAGGCCUCGCUCAAAUGGUAUCACCGGGCCUGCGACGCAAAACGCCACCGAAACGCCUGUAGUCUGGCUUUGUCGCGCCAAUGCGCAAGAGCGAUAGAGAUAGAUAGCUACGAAAGAGAUAUUAUCGUGAGCGUUUCGUGAGCGUUUGUGAAUUCGGCUACGCAUACAGGGGUCAGGCGGUUGGGUAACGAUCGGUAGCACAGAGCUGGUUGUAGCGGCCCAGAUUUCCAUAAAUCGACGAUCACCAUAUGGGAGGCAUAGAAAGAUAGCAUUGAGGUGGAACAAUUAACAUCAAAAGUAGCGGAUCGAUGACGCUUCAGAAGUACCUAAAUAUCAUUCUGAAGCCGCUAAAGAAGGAUGUCAGAUAAUUUUGGUGCGUUGUUUCAUCCAGUACUAUUCUGCCCUCUUAAGCCGAAAAGCGCUACCUCAAAGGAAAAUUCAUAGCCAACUUAUACUUAUUUUCCCGGAGCUGUAAGUCCCUCUUUUUGACACAUGACAGCGUCCACAAAACGUAAACUCGCGCGACCUAAUGAAAUUUUGAAUAAAAUC